AUGAAGUCAAUUGCCCGACUCAGUCGCCCAGUCGGCUCCCUCCUACGAUGCGCCGAGCGCGAACGGUCAUCCUGCUUUACUCCAUGGGCCACACGGUCAUUCCAUAGCUCGCCCACAAAGCUCGAAGAGAAAGGCAAAGGCGACGCGAAAGAAAACCUAUCUUUCCGAGGACAGCUGUACCAGAGCACCGCGGACAGGUUAAAGCGUGAAAGAGCUUCGGAGGAACAAUAUAUUAGGGCCGCCACCACUCGGGGAGGAGGUGCUGGGGGUAGAACGCUCAGUCUCAGUUUCGUGAUUCUGUCCGUCGCCGCCGCAGCCUACUACCUGGGCAAAAGGGGAGAGCGACCGUUGGAUGCCUCUUCCACCACCCCUCUAUCUCGAGCACACCCGCCCCAGCACGAUACGAGAACCUCUAAUUUGCAAGCCGCUUGGGUAGACUUCGCCCAAAUUGUGGGAAAGGACAACGUGUCGACGAUUCCCGACGACCUCGAAGCGCACUCCGGUUCCGAAUGGUCCUCUUACGCGACCAAACCCAAUGAACGACCGUUCGCCAUUGUAUACCCUGCAACUACGGAAGAAGUGUCCAAGAUUAUGAAGGUGUGCCACGAACGAAGGAUCCCCGUCACAGCGCUCUCAGGCGGAACCAGUCUCGAAGGCCACUUUGCGCCCACAAGAGGAGGAAUAUGCAUCGACAUGGCAAGAAUGGACAAGAUAUUGGAAUUGCGACCCCAAGAUUUGGACAUCGUUGUACAACCUGCGCUCGGCUGGGAAGACCUCAAUGAAGAACUCAAAGGACAUGGCAUGUUCUUCCCACCGGAUCCAGGCCCAGGAGCCAAAAUCGGAGGCAUGGUUGGCACUGGCUGCUCGGGUACAAACGCUUACAGAUAUGGCACCAUGCGCGACUGGGUUGUCUCUCUGACUGUCGUUCUCGCCGACGGCACCAUCAUCAAGACAAGAAGGAGGCCCCGCAAAUCAAGCGCCGGCUACAAUCUGACGCAGAUGUUCAUCGGGAGUGAAGGUACGCUGGGCAUUGUCACUGAGGCCACUUUGAAGAUCACGGUUCUCCCUAAAAGCCAGUCGGUCGCUGUUGCGACCUUUCCCACCAUCCAUGCCGCAGCGGAGUGUGUUGCGAGAGUUGUCGGAGAAGGCAUUCAGCUUGCCGGAAUGGAGAUUCUAGACGAUGUGCAAAUGCGCUGCAUCAACAAAAGUGGCAUGACCAGCAGGCCGUGGCAGGAAGCUCCUACCCUCUUCUUCAAGUUUGCUGGGACAACUGAAGGCGUAAAGGAACAGAUCAAGAUCAUCCGGAACAUCGCCAAAGGGACUCACAACCAGAGUUUCGAAUUCGCAAAGAAUGACGACGAGGCCGCAGAACUUUGGAGUGCGAGGAAAGAGGCCCUGUGGAGUGUGAUGGCGAUGCGGAAGAACAGCAGUGACCACGUUUGGACUACCGAUGUGGCUGUCCCCAUCAGCCGACUGGCAGACAUCAUUCAAGAGACCCAUGAUGAUGUGGCCAAGAGCGGCUUGAUCGGUGGUAUCUGUGGCCAUGUGGGAGAUGGGAACUUCCACACAAUUCUCCUUUACAACGACACCGAGAAGAAGAUCGCUGAAGAGCUGGUCCAUCGAAUGAUCCGACGUGCCAUCGCUAUGGAGGGAACGGUCACUGGUGAACAUGGUGUUGGGUUGAAAAAACGAGAGUACCUGCGAGAAGAGCUGGGAGAUGAAACCGUCGAUGCCAUGCGCAAGCUCAAGCAAGCAUUCGACCCUCUGGGGCUGCUCAACUGCGACAAGAUUGUCCAGAUCGAAGCCGGCCAUUGA